AUGAAUCGUUGUGACCUUAUCUUACUGGUGCUACUGCUGUUAGUGUCAGUGCAGGUGAAUUACAGUUUACAAUACGACUCGACUGAGACCCGGUAUUUUCACACGACUGGUGCGGGUGCUGAUUCCGUCGGGGUUUCGAAUCUGCGCUACGAUGCACCGGACGACUGCAAGUAUCGGGUUUUAACCGGCAACCAAAUAGAUCUGUCGUGUAGUUUGCGUACAGUGAACAGUGAAUUUGAUAACACGAACUUCAGCGUUAUUCCAGUAGAACACACGACUGCCCUCACUAUCCUUUGCAAUGAGGCUAUUAUGGCCCGUAGCAAACUGCAACCGAAUUCUUUCAUGCAUUUAGUUCGGUUAAAGGCACUUAAAUUGGAGUUUUGUAAGAUCGCCAAGUUUUCUAACGACAUGCUAGCUGGAUUGAGCGACCUCCGUAAUUUAACCCUCCGCACGCAUAACAUCGUUUGGCCGGACAUAAACCUAGAAAUAGAGCCGGACAUUUUUGGACACACGCGCAACAUUGAACAGCUCGAUCUUAGCACGAACAACAUCUGGUCGCUGCCAGACAACCUAUUCUGUAUGCUCAGUGAGCUGCAUUUGCUCAACGUAAGCUCGAACCGCCUACAGGAUGUCAACGAUCUGGGUUUUCGCGAAAAAAUCGACGCAAUCGAAGACUCGCUAGACCAGCAGCAUGGAGAAAAAAAGAACAUCAAUUCAACCGGCACGUCGGUUAAACCUUUCGUUAGUUGCUCGCUGGACAUAGAAGUGUUGGACGUUUCGUGGAACCACUUUGUGCUGCUUCCAGCAGCAGGUUUCGGUAUGCUUCGGAGAUUAAAACAAUUGAAGAUUCACAACAAUGAAAUUUCAAUGGUGGGAGAUAAGGCGCUAAAUGGACUGAAAGAACUGCAAGUGGUCGAUUUGAGCACGAAUAAUCUUGUGGCGCUUCCCACCGACCUGUUCCGUGAUCCUGCUCAAUCUAUUCAAGAGAUUUAUCUGCAAAACAACUCCAUAUCUGUGCUGUCGCCAGGAUUAUUCUCAAAACUCGAGCAACUGCAGGCGCUGGAUUUGUCUCAAAAUCAACUUACCUCCGCAUGGGUAAACAGGGAGACUUUCACGGGUCUUAUUCGUCUUGUGCUCCUGAAUCUCGCAAGCAACAAAAUUACCAAACUCGAAUCGGAAAUCUUUUCGGAUCUAUACACACUACAAAUUUUGAACUUGCGCCAUAACCAACUGGAAAUUAUUGCAGCAGAUACAUUCUCACCAAUGAACAACUUACACACGCUUCUUUUGUCCCACAACAAACUGAAGUACUUGGACGCGUAUUCGCUUAAUGGCCUGUACGCACUUUCACUACUGUCUUUGGACAACAAUGCACUCACAGGUGUACAUCCGGAGGCUUUCCGAAACUGCAGCUCGCUUCAGGACCUAAACCUCAACGGCAACGAGUUAUCGCAGGUCCCUCUGGCCUUGAAAGAUAUGCGCUUGUUGCGAACCGUCGAUCUUGGUGAGAACUCAAUCAGCGUAAUAGAGGAACCCGGGUUUCGUGGCAUGAACAAUUUGUACGGCUUGCGACUCAUAAGCAACAACAUCGAAAACAUUACGCGAAAGGCGUUUAGGGAUUUGCCUAGCCUACAAAUCCUAAAUGUAGCCAGAAACAAGAUAGCAUACAUCGAAAAAGGUGCUUUCGAGCUAGCAGUAAGCGUGCAGGCAAUCCGACUGGACGGGAACAUGCUCGCCGACAUCGAUGGACUGUUCACUAACAUGCCUAAUUUGGUGUGGCUUAAUAUAUCCGACAACAGGCUUGAGCACUUUGACUAUUCAUAUAUUCCGGCGCACUUGCAGUGGUUAGAUUUACACCGCAACGAGUUGAUGGAGUUAACAAAUCGGUACGGAUUGGACAACCAGGUGCAUCUGCAGACACUAGACGCCAGCUUUAAUAGAUUGACACGAGUUACCCCGGGAACCGUUCCGAACAGUGUCGAAUUUCUAUUCCUCAACGACAAUCUGAUCGUCCAUAUCGAUCCGCACUGUUUUAUGCACAAGACUAACCUUACACGUGUUGAUCUCUAUGCAAACCAGCUUACCAGUCUGGACAUAAAGGCACUACGACUGCAACCCGUUCCGGAAAACAAGCAGCUUCCCGAGUUCUACAUCGGGGGGAAUCCGUUCGUGUGCGACUGUAAUAUCGAUUGGUUACAGAAGAUCAAUCACGUCACUUCACGACAGUACCCCACCAUCAACGAUAUUGAGACAGUUUACUGUAAACUGAUGUACAAUCGCGAGAGAUCGUACAUUCCACUCAUCGAGGCAGAACCCAAGCAUUUUCUCUGCAACUACAAUACGCACUGUUUUGCCCUGUGCCACUGCUGCGAAUUCGACGCAUGCGACUGCGAGAUGACAUGCCCGAACAACUGCGCAUGCUACCAUGAUAACAGCUGGUCGACCAAUAUUGUUGAGUGCUCAGCGGCCGGGUACACCGAUAUCCCUAACAACAUUCCAAUGGACACAACAGAAGUGUAUAUCGACGGAAACAACCUAGUAGAGUUAUCCGGGCACAGUUUCAUUGGGCGUAAAAAUUUACGUGUUCUCUACGCCAAUAAUUCAAACAUCGAAGCCAUAUAUAACACAACCUUCAUCGGUUUGCGUCGUCUAACGAUACUCCACUUGGAGAAUAACAACAUUCGUAAGCUGUACGGACACGAAUUCACCGCGCUCGAAAGUCUCCGAGAAUUGUAUUUGGAAGGUAAUCGAAUCGCAUACAUUGAGGAUCACACAUUUGCAGAGCUGCGCAAACUUGAAGUCCUACGUAUUGAUGGAAAUCGCAUCACAAGCUUCGAAGUAUGGCAACUGAACGCCAACCCGUACCUGGUUGAAAUUGCUCUCGCCAAUAAUCUGUGGACAUGCGAUUGUGGGUUUAUCAGCAAGUUGCGCAGUUACUUGCAGUCAAACAUCGACAAGAUUGUGGAUGCUAAGGAGAUAUCAUGCAGCUACAACAAUGCGACAAGCAUCCUGCGAGAAAACGGUACAAAAUGCACGUUUCGUGAGGGUAUGUCCUCGAUCGUUCACCAGCAGGAAAUUGAAGAUAUGCUACCCCUGUUGCUUGUGGCCACGUGUGCCUUUGUUGGCUUCUUUGGUUUGAUUUUUGGAGCGUUCUGCUACCGGAAGGAGUUAAAAGUGUGGGUACACUCCGGGCUGUGUUAUAAAUCGGGCACCUUCGUUAACGACUACGACAAGGAUCGGUUGUAUGAUGCGUAUAUCACAUACUCUUUGCAUGACGAACAAUUUGUGACCCAAAUUCUCUCCUCAACCCUCGAAAAUGAUAUCGGAUUCCGGUUGUGUUUGCAUUACCGUGAUUUAAACGCCAACGCGUAUCUCGCUGAUACGAUCGUAGAAGCAGUGGAAAGUUCCAAACGCGCAAUACUUGUACUUUCGAAGAGCUUCCUCUACAAUGAGUGGACGAGGUUCGAGUUUAAGGGUGCAAUCCACGAAGUGCUCAAGCGCCACCGAAAGCUGAUCAUCAUUCUUUAUGGUGAUCUUCCGCAACGAGAUCUCGAUGCCGACUUGCGUUUGUAUCUGCGUACAAACACGUGCAUAGAGUGGGAAGAUAAGAAGUUUUGGCAGAAAUUACGAAUUGCGUUACCACCCGUCAAGAAAAACAGCGGAAUCAGCAAACCGUCGGCCAUCAACAUUUACGCAACGACCACUAACGAUUACAAUACAGCAGGUCGACCUGCAACGCUGAGACCCCCAAUAAUGUCCACCGGUAGGUUAGAUGGCGUUCUUCCACACCACAGCUACGCCACAAUCGGCCCCAACUGCGCAAAAAACUGUGAUAACUACGAUACAGUUAGUAAUUGUAAAUACAACACCACCCAGCUCCACGAGCGCCAUCUCAACGCGGACAUCUUUGGUCCAAUACGGAAAACAGUACCCGAGGGUCGCCAGCACGAGUAUGCAGUCCCGUCAAAUUGUCUUCUUGACACAACGCACGAGACGUAUAAUACGACAACCAGUUGUGAGCGAAUCGCCGGUGAAACGUUCGAGUGCACUUCCAGCACCAGCUCGAAGUAUUCAACGUCCUCCCGGGGCUCGGGCAGCGAGUCAGGCAGCCAGUCGAUUCCAUCCACACGGCAACACGAUUUUCCCAGCGGCUGUCCACCGAACCAGCUACCCGCGACCAGCUUCUCCUACACCGGAAGUAAUUCCCACCAUGCUCUGCCUCCUCAUCAUCGCCAUCACCAUCAGCAGAAUGGGAGUAGUAGGAAUAACAGCAGUAAACCCUCAGUCAGCCCUGGAGUUGACAGCGGUACGGUCGGUCCAGUAGUGAAAGCGAGCGACAAAGUGAGCACUGAUCGCACGAUCGAAGCAAAUAAUUUCAAUGAUAGAAGACUGCCACAAGCCAUGUGGGCAUAG